AUGGUGAAAGACCUAGCUAGGCUUGGGAGGGACCUAAAGAAUGUUAUCAUUGUUGAUGAUGAUCCAGCUCGAUAUACAUUCCAGCUAGAAAAUGCUGUUUCUUUGAAGGCAUUCAAAGGUGAUUUAACAGAUCGAGACCUAUGGAAAGUCAUGGAUUUAUGCAGAGUAGCUGUAACAUGUGGGGAUGUAAGAGAGGCCAUUAGAACCCAUGCUUUUAUUACCACUAUAAAUGAAACGUAUGCCUGCAGUUUAAGACAAAGACAAGUUGAACGUGAGCGCAUGCUUUCUGUUGUAAAUUUAUCCAAAAUCAGGAAAACGAUUGUUUUGGAAUUGUUUGAAGUUUUAGUUUCAACCAGCCAAAGUCCCCUCCAGCAUUAUGAUUUCAUUAUUAGUUCUGUUACUGAAGAUGGAGAAACAGUGACUUUAUAUGUUUCAAUUAGGCCUGGAGUUCUUGACCUUUUCACUGAACUGCGCAAAAACUUUGAAAUCAUUGUUUUUACUGAAAGCCGACAUGAGACUGCAGAUGUUAUUCUGGGGAAAAUUGAUGUUAAUUUUGACAUAAGCAGACGGUUUUAUAGAGGUCAUUGCAAGAAAGUUGGUGAUGGGUACGUGAAAGAUCUUAAGAAGAUUGGUUUGAAUUUGUGUAAUGCUAUGAUUGUGGAUGUUAAUCCUUGUUGCUAUAAAUCACAGGCUGAGAAUGGUAUCAGAAUAAGAAGGUUUGAACAGGGUAAUGUUAAUGAUAAACAACUGUAUCAGCUUGCUGAUUUCUGUAGUGUGGCUGCGAGUUAUCAGGAUUUAAGGCGUGCUAUUUGGUUGAAUAGAGGGGCAAACAAUGCGGCAAAAGAAUCACCCGCUAAUGAAGAUGGAGAUAACGUGAGCGACAAAAGAAGAUGGUCAUUUUUUUAG